AUGGCUGUGGUCUCAGCCACACCACCGCUCUUUCGCCAGCUCUGGCGACCAUGGGAUGUCGAACGCCUGGCCGCACCCAGUGGCUGCGGUGGUGGCCGCGGCCGCAGUGGCCAUCUUUGGGCAGUCGCAGGCGCAGCUGGAUUCCAAGCUCUGCAAGUUCUGCGAUCAAAAACCGAUGGAUCUGCCAAUGGAUCUGCCAGUGUUGCCACUCGCCGUGCAAUGCGCAUCUGCAGAGUGUCUCUAAUGGCUCAAGCUGCAGAAGGAACAUCUGAUGAGGAAGCGAAAAAACUAUGGCAAGAAGCCUAUGCCAUUGAAGUUGAACGGGCGGAGCGAUUGCAGAGCCCAGAGCAAGAGGCAGCGACUUUGCCCACGCCGCCACAGUCAGGUUCUGCAGCAGAAUGGCAAGCAGCCUAUGAAGCUUUGAAGGCAAGAAACCUGGAGCUGGAGAUGGAAGCUGUGGCGCGCAGGCGUGCUGAAUUGAAGCAGGGAGAGCUCCAGCUGGGUACAUCCAAAGCAGAUGCACCAGUUGUGACGCCAGACGCUGCGUCCAAACGGGACCCUCCGAAGCCCAAGCUUCGAGAGAGCCAGGACGAAGAGAAGAAGGACAAGGUUCUGAGCAUUCUAGACCUGCCAACGAUCGACAUCGAUUCCAAACAGCUGGCAGACGUUGCUCGUUUUCGGGACGCCCUUGGACCUGGGACCUUGCCCUUGCUUUCAGCACUCUUCGAGGAGGCACGAGGAGAGCUUCCAGAGCCCAGUGAUGUGCGGGAUGCGCUGGAUUUGCCUGGUAGCGGAUUCACCAUGACGGGCAAUUUGAACGUCGGCCGUUGCGUGGUCGUGCGAGGGCUGCUUGCGCAAGAUAUUGGUGGCCUGGGCACUCCCCGAAUAUUUGUGGAGCAGCGACAAGCUUCGCUCGAUCGCUGCUAUGGGGAGGGCAAAUACCAGGUGUUUUUGCAGCGCGAGCGGCCGCCUCCAGCUCCGAGUUUUAGCUUGUGGCGGAAGGGGGAGUUUGAUCCUGCCCAAGUCAGCUCGGCGAAGGAGUAUCCCGCUGCUUUGUUGGUAUUUCGCACUUCCGACCUGCCAAUUGAAGAAGGCUCUGGGAAUUUCAGGCGCAUUCUUAUUGGAACUUCUCUCGCAGCGACCGCCGCGUUUUGCAACAUCAUUGCCGCAGCAGUGGGGUCGCUGAACGGCGAACGCAGUGACGCACUUCUGAACAAAUCCGUGGAAGAGGUCACCUACAGCCCCAUGUUGGGUGUAGCUGUGACACGCCUUGACCCAGAUGGUGUUGUUCCAGUGGGUGCUGGGCUGUUGUUGAUGCUCAUUGUCCAGGGUUUUGGAAGAGGGAAGGCAGCUGAAAAGAAUGGCGCCAAGAUUCGUGGUGGUUACUUCAUCCCAUCUUCAAGCCUGGGCACUGUUGGACGGACUUGGUCCAUUUCAGGGCUUUCACCCUCUCGAAAGACGGAAGUAGACGUGGCUUUAGCUGGUUCAUACGCUGGCUUUGCAACCGCUCUGCUCCUGUGUUUCGCUGGAGUUCUUCGCGGGGAUGCCUCUGACGGUCUCAUAGUUCUUGAAGUGACUCGGCUGCCACUGCUGCUUGCACAGCUCUUGGGCGAUUCAUUUCCUGAAGAUGCAGUGCAAACUGUGCUGAGCUUGAGUAGCGGUGAAGCUGCAGCCCCUGUGCCUGCAAAGGUGACGGUAGAUCCACUUCUGCUGAGUGGCAGCCUUGCGCUGACAACGCAAGCUGUGCAGCUGCUGCCACUGCGCGGCUUUGAUGGACAUCUUCUGGCAAGGUUUCUAUUUGGACCGCGACCACUGCAACUACUGGAGCUUUGCACCGGCGUACUUCUUCUUCUCGGUGCAGUGGAACGGCUGGGCCCCAAUGCCAACGCCACAGUCUGCUCAACCGCACUUUUCGCCUGGGCUGCCAGAUUUUUCGCAUCAAGGGAGAAUCCCAUGCCGCCUCGUGAAGACUUCGACGAUGAACCAAGUGCAUCACCUGCAGAAGCGGCUGCAGCGGGUUCCUGGGCCAGUUAUUUGUCCAUUGUUUCCAAGAGCUUGGGACAAGACGCCUACACACAAUAUGCAGCACGCAAUGCGAGAGUGAAGUGUCACGGUCAGUGUCCUGCUCCAAGCAGCAGGGCACAUGGGAAAGCAUUCCUUCCUCUUGGUGCAGGAGGCCUAUCUUUGCUGUUGAGCAGCGGGCACUUACUCCUGGAGGAAGAGGACGAAGAUGAAGAAGAGGAGGACUUCACGGUGCACUCCUGGAAUAAAUGUCAGCCGGGAAUGCAGUCAAGCGGUUCUCGUGUUUUUGUUUGGGGCAACCGCGCAUGCUGGCCAGCGUGUGAGGGCACAAACGAUCGAGUGCCCGAGACAAACGUGCAGUCACCAACAGAGGUUCCAUGGUUCGCACAAUUUGCUGAGCAGAACAACUGCAAAUGGCAGCAAUUGAGCUUUGGCCCGAGCUUUGGUGUCUCUCGGACAGACUCCGGGGAAAUCUAUUUGUGGGGCUCAACUUUGAAGAAAGAUGGCAAGGGCAGGCAAUAUGCUCCGCCUCGUCAACUUUUGCUAAAGGAUGAGACGGAGACAAGGUUCAAAGAUGUGCAGUGCUCCGAGUCCUCAGUCUGGGGGCUGACCCCAACUGGCAAAGUGAUUGUGUGGGAGAUGGUGCCUCAGAUGAUCAGUGAGCACUUGGCAAGCACACCCAUGCCCAGGUUUUGCUCAGGCGGCAGAAGUCUUAACGGGAUGAAGCGGCCGGUGAAGCAGAUGUCUGUUGGGGUCAUGCAUGCUGCAUUCCUCACAGAGGAUGGACAAGUCUAUUGUCUUGGACGAAAUUCCUAUGGAGAGUGUGGCGUGGAUCCUUCUGUGCAAAACAUGGCAUCGUCUUGCAGACGGGUCAGCUUCCCAAAGCACUGCCAUCCUUUGCUGAGAGUCGAAUGUGGAAAAUCCCACACUGUGGCUGUUGGCGCUGAAGGGCAAUGCUUGUCUUGGGGAGACGAUUCUAAGAUUCAGCUGGGCUUGGGCGACACUCGCUCCGCCGUUGGCGAGGAACGACCUUGGAGUGGCUCCAGAGGCUUCCUGAACAUGCGGCAAUCUGGAGAGGCCAUGGCCCCUGGAAGCGCUUUCCGUGGGCCUGAUGGAACUGGUUCCAGGGCAGCAUCCACUUCGCAGAGAAACUACAAAGACUUUGAGUCUCACCAGCAAAGCAAGCCAGUCUUCAUGAUGGACAUCCCUCUGGAGUCUGAUAGACAAGUUCAUGGUAUUCCAUAUCCACCUCCAAGUGACCUGAAAUGUGGUGACGAUUUCACCCUGAUGCUGGUCAGAGAUAGUCCUGAUUGGUAUCCACCAGAAGAAGAGUCCGAAAGGCUUUUUUGCUGUGGAGAGAAUGGCAAAGGGCAGUGUGGUCGUUCAAUGCAGCAACAGCAGCAGACCUUUGCAGCGUGCCGGCUGCCAAAGAAUAGCAAGAUCCAAGGAUUCUCAUGCGGUUCCGACCACUGCCUGGCUGUACUGCGAAGAGUUGGUGCGAAAAAGCAGGAACUCUGGUGCUGGGGAAGUAACGCGUGUGGUCAAGCCGGUGGCAAUACAAAUGGGGCAGUGUGCCCUGCUGCUCGGCUUCGGCUCCCAAAAGGGGUCAAAGUGGAGGCCGCUUGGUGCGGCUUCACCAGCAGCGGUGUUGUUUGUUCGGAAACUUCGCGUGCCUCUGAAGCCGGGGAAACCUAG